GGGAUAGAUGUAGCGGAUCCCCAUCCAACCGCCAUACCCAAAACCGAUCCGGCUCACACAGCCAAUUCGGGUUCUCUCACUGUUCGUUCAAACUUCAAACUGCCCCAAAAACCGUACUAUCGGAGUAAUUCCUUUUUCUCUCUCUGAGGCCCCAAAGGUACACUGUCCGUACGUAAUCCCUAGAAACCCUAGAAAAUCUGCACGCCAUGGAUAUGCAGCAGGGGGAUUUCGAUCGGAUUCUCUUCUUCGAGCACGCCCGCAAGACCUCCGAGGCCACCUAUGCUAAGAACCCUCUCGAUGCCGAUAAUUUGACUAGGUGGGCAGGAGCACUGUUAGAGUUGUCUCAGUUUCAGAGUGUCCCUGAUUCAAAGAAGAUGAUUCAAGAUGCGGUUUCGAAGCUGGAGGAGGCAUUGUUGGUUAAUCCCCAGAAGCAUGACACUCUUUGGUGCCUGGGAAAUGCUUAUACUUCUCGUGCAUUUUUGACUCCAGACCAGGACGAAGCAAAGGAGUAUUUCGAUAAGGCAGCUUUAUACUUUCAGCAAGCCCUUGAUGAGGAUCCAGGAAAUGAUCUUUAUUGCAAGUCCUUGGAAGUAGCUGCUAAGGCCCCUGAAUUGCACAUGGAAAUCCAUAGGCAUGGUUUAGCCCAACAAACAAUGGGGGCAGCAGGACCUUCUACUUCAUCAGGUUCAAAGACAUCUUCAAAGAAAAAGAAGAGCAGCGAUCUCCAGUAUGACAUAUUUGGAUGGAUAAUUCUUGCUGUUGGAAUUGUUGCAUGGGUGGGAUUUGCAAAGUCCCAGGAAGGUGGCUUGCUUUAUGUUGAAGCUGAUUCAUCAGGAGCAGACAGCUGGAAAUUGGACUCAGUUGUGGAUCUUUUAAAACAGGGAGCUGUUGGGGUCAUUCCUACAGAUACUGUGUACGCAAUAGUUUGUGAUUUGAAAAGCCAUUCAGCAAUUGAACGUCUUCGAAGGAUCAAGAAUAUAGAAGCUUCAAAGCCUCUUAGCAUCUUAUGCCAUUCUUUCCGGGACAUUGAUACAUAUACAACAGGGUUCCCUCAUGGUGACGGUCAAGGUCAUGCUGACCUAUUCCGAGUUGUCAAGCAUUGCUUACCUGGGCCUUAUACUUUCAUCCUGACUGCAAGUAAAGAAUUACCUAAACAGUGUAUAAAGUAUGGGACUGCAGCUUCCAAGUAUGCAGCAAGGAAAAAUGCGGGGGUCCGUAUGCCUGAUGAUGCCAUAUGUCAAGCAAUACUCGAGAAGAUGGAUGCACCCUUAAUUUCCACAAGUGUCAAGUGCCCGAAGGAGAAUGAGUGGAUGAUUGAUCCCAUUGUGAUUGCUGAUAUAUAUGGACCAGAGGGUCUUGACUUUGUUGUUGAUGGCGGGGUAAGAGUGGCAGAUCCAUCCACUGUAGUUGACAUGACGGUGGUUCCUCCAAAAAUCAUAAGGCAGGGAAAGGGACCUAAGUUACACUGGAUGUUUGCUGAAGAUGUUAAUGGAUCUGCUGCUAUGCAUGAAGCAGACCUCAUCUUUCCUUCUGGGGCUUAGUUAACAUGCAUUUUGGAAAACCCUGGAGAGAACCAUGAUUUGUAUGCCUUCGAGGGUGUACAGUGGUUUAGAUGUUUACUAACCCCCUCCCAAAAAAAGGUUGUAUAGUGGUGGAAAUGGUAGUAGUGGAAAAGGUCAUUAAUGUAGAGAACCUUGAGGGAGUUCUACUGGUGCAUGCAAUGUCUAUGCACCUUGUCUAUUCUUUUGGAGUUGCUUUUGUGAGUAAAUACUGACCAUGAACAGAACAACGCUGUCCAUGAAUGCUUUGUUGAAAAAGACUCCCAAACCUCUAUGCAUCUGUAUCUCAAAUCAUCUUCUGCUAUUUUAAAUAUCUGAAUUUUUGGUUUA